UGAAUCUUCUUCUCCGAUCCUCUUCUCUGCUGAAGCUAUAGCCAAAAUGACUACUUUCUUAGCUUCCAAACGAUUCCGUCCACCUCUUCUUCUUUAUCGUUUGAUAAACUCCAAACCCUUUUCUUCACAGCCUCAAUUUCCCAAUCCACCGGAUAAUUGGAGUCUAGACACCGCCGAUUCCACUAGUGAAACCAUCUCAGAACUGAAAUUUCCCAAUCUAACCCCUGGACCGGAUCGCUUACCUUUGGUUUCAACCUUCGAGCUUCAGAAUCAGUGCGAUGAUGUGGACGACGCUCGUGUAAUCGAAGUGCUUCUAGGUCGUAAGAACGACCCAGUCUCGGCUCUUCAGUACUGCAAUUGGGUCAGGCCUUUGACUCGAAUCUGCCAAGGCAGAGAUGUCUUCUGGGUACUUAUUCAUAUUCUUGUUAGCUCUCCUCAGACUUACGAUCGCGCCUGCAAUUUGCUCGUGCUCUUCGUUUCGAGCAAUCCGCUGCUAAAUCCAAGCGUAGUGGUUAACCAAUUGCUUGAUUCAGCUCAAAGGUUUGGUUUUGGACUCGAUUCGAGAGCUUUCAAUUACUUGUUGAAUGCUUAUAACCGAAAUCGGCGAACGGACUAUUCUGUAGAGUGUUUUAAUCUAUUGAUGGACCGAAAUGUGAUUCCUUUUGUGCCAUAUGUGAACAACAUUUUAAGCUCUUUAGUUCGAAGUAAUUCGAUAAAUGAAGCUAAGGAGAUUUAUAAUAAGAUGGUUGGGAUUGGUGUUGCUGGUGAUAACGUUACGACGCAGUUGUUGAUGCGAGCUAGCUUGAGAGAACGAAAGCCCGAGGAGGCUGUGAAUAUUUUUAGGAGAGUGAUGAGUAGAGGAGCAGAACCAGAUAGUUUAAUGUAUAGUCUUGCUGUUCAAGCUGCUUGUAAGGUACCGGAUUUGGCUAUGGCUUUGGAUUUGUUGAGAGAAAUGAGAGAGAAGUUAGGUGUUCCUCCCUCGCAGGAAACAUAUACUAGCGUGAUUGUGGCUUUAGUGAAGGAAGGUAACAUGGAGGAGGCUGUGAGGGUUAAGGAUGAGAUGGUUGGUUUUGGGAUACAGAUGAGUGUUAUUGCCGCGACGAGUUUGAUUACAGGAUAUUGCAAGGGAAAUGAGCUGGGUAAGGCUUUGGAUUUGUUUGAUAAAAUGGAGCAGGAAGGGCUGGUUCCGGACAAAGUUAUGUUUUCGGUUAUGAUAGAAUGGUUUUGUCAGAACGAGAAGAUGGAGAAAGCUGUUGAGAUUUACAAACGGAUGAGAGCUGUAGGGAUCACUCCUUCAUCUGUUCUUGUCCACACGAUGAUCAAAGGGUGUUUGAAAGUUGAGUCGCCGGAAGCUGCACUUGAGAUUUUUAGUGACUGUUAUGAAACAGGGCUUGCACACGGUUUCCUGUGUAACAAGAUUUUGCAGUUGUUAUGCAAGCAAGGAAAGGUUGAUGCAGCGACGAGCUUAAUGAGGAUGAUGGAAAAUAAAGGGAUUGAGCUUAACGUAGUUUCUUACAAUAACAUGAUGCUUGCUCAUUGCAGAAUGAAAAACAUGGACUUGGCUCGUUCGAUUUAUUCGGUUAUGCUUGAAAGGGUUCUAGAGCCGAAUAACUUCACUUAUUCCAUCUUAAUUGAUGGAUUUUUCAAGAAUCAGGAUGAGAAGAAUGCUUGGGAUGUCAUCAAUCAAAUGAUCUCUUCCAAGUUUGAAGCUAGUGAAGUUGUAUAUAACACAAUCAUCAAUGGAUUGUGCAAAGCUGGUCAGACAUCUAAAGCACGAGAGAUAUUGCAAAAUUUGAUCGAGGAGAAGGGCUGUUCCAUGAGUUGCACGAGUUACAAUAGCAUCAUAGAUGGAUUUUUCAGAGAAGGUAAAACCGAUUCUGCUGUCUUAACUUACAGAGAGAUGAGUGAAAACGGUAUCUCCCCGGAUGUUGUAACCUUCACCAUCUUGAUCAACGGAUUCUGCAAAAGUGACAAAAUGGAUCUAGCUCUUGAAAUGAGACGAGAAAUGAAAAACAAGGAUCUGAAACUUGAUAUUCCAGCUUACUGUGCUCUAAUAGAUGGAUUCUGUAAAAAGCAUGAAAUGCAAACCGCAGUUUCUCUGUUCUCCGAGCUCCAGGAACUAGGAUUGGUUCCGAACGUGUCUGUCUACAAUAGUUUGAUUUCAGGAUUCCGUAAUCUAGGAAACAUGGAGGCAGCGAUUGACCUGUACAAGAAAAUGGUGAAUGAUGGUAUAAGUUGUGAUCUGUUGACAUAUACAACGCUGAUCGAUGGGUUGUUAAAAGACGGAAAUUUGAUCUUUGCUUCUGAUUUGUACUCGGAAGUUCUUGCUUUGGGUAUUGUCCCUGAUGAAAUCUUGUACGUGGUACUGGUCAACGGGCUUAGUAAGAAGGGACAGUUUGUGAGAGCAAGCAAGAUGCUAGAGGAGAUGAAGAAGAAAGAUGCGACUCCGAGUGUGCUUAUUUACAGUGCUGUUAUCGCAGGACAUUAUAGAGAAGGAAAUCUUGAUGAGGCUUUUAGACUUCAUGCUGAGAUGCUUGAGAAAGGUCUUGUACAGGAUGAUACUAUAUUUGAUAUACUCGUGAGUGGAAAAGUUGAAAUAGACAGGGUAUCUUGA